CUGGAUCAAUCGUAGUUGGGCCUCUGACCUUGACCCAGCCCAUGAGGUCCAUGAUAACGGAUUAUUUUCACGAUAGGUUGAAAGAAAGUAUUACCCGCCAUCUGGCAGGAAAAUCUGCUUCUCCUUUGGCGAGACCUGUAAAAUAAACCCCAUCAAUGUCCUCCCUCUCCAUCUCUGCUCUGCAAUCCAUUGAUUCCGUUUCUUCUCCUCCAUCUACUUCAAUCCUCUCCGGUUUCCUUAUACGCAUACCCAAAUCACGCAUUGAUGCCUUCGCCUCCACGACUUCUACGACCACCGCCGGGGCCGGAGCCCACCUGGUCCACUCCGGCGCGACCAGGAAAGAUGUAUGGACCAGAAACCCAACGAGAAGACAAACCAAGGACCCGAUUUUCUUGGACCGCACCAUAGACAUGAGCGAGCUCCUUUCUUCCAUCAGGCAAACCCGAAACGAGCAGGAACUGUACUGCUUGUUGUCCCCGUACAACGACAGGCAACUUUCGAUUCGUUUCAUGGUCUCGCUCCUCUCGCGGGAACCGGAUUGGCAGAGGUCGCUCGCGUUGCUGGAUUGGAUCAACGAGGUGGCUCGGUACUCGCCGUCCGUGUUUGCGUACAACGUGGUGUUGAGGAACGUGUUGAGAGCGAAAAGAUGGGAGCUUGCACACGGGCUGUUCGACGAAAUGCGCCAGCGAGGUUUGGCGGCAGAUAGGUAUACUUACUCUACCCUCAUCACCGAGUUUGGGAAAUCGGGGAAGUUUGAUUCAUCCCUUUUCUGGCUUCAACAGAUGGAGCAAGACGGGGUGUCGGGUGAUCUUGUGUUGUAUAGUAACUUGAUUGAGCUUGCUAGGAAGUUGUGUGAUUACUCCAAGGCUAUCUCCAUCUUUAUGAGGUUGAAAAGGAAUGGGAUUACCCCAGAUUUGGUUGCGUAUAACUCGAUGAUCAAUGUGUUUGGGAAGGCAAAGCUUUUUAGGGAAGCAAGGAUGUUGUUGAAGGAAAUGAGGGAUGUGGAGGUCAUUCCUGAUACCGUUAGUUACUCUACUCUGUUGACUGUUUAUGUAGAAAAUGACAAGUUUCUUGAGGCAUUGUCGGUAUUUGCUGAGAUGAAUGAGGUGAAGUGCCCACUUGAUCUCACGACGUGUAAUAUCAUGAUCGAUGUUUAUGGACAGCUCGAUAUGGCUAAAGAAGCAGAUAGGUUGUUUUGGAGCAUGAGGAAGAUGGGAAUCCAACCUACUGUAGUAAGUUACAACACGCUUUUGAGGGUUUAUGGAGAAGCCGAGCUUUUCGGGGAGGCUAUCCAUCUAUUUAGAUUGAUGCAGAGAAAAGACAUUGAGCAAAACGUUGUCACUUAUAACACGAUGAUCAAUAUUUAUGGCAAAACGCUCGAGCAUGAGAAGGCUACAAAUCUCAUUCAGGAAAUGCAGAAGAAAGGUAUUGAGCCCAACCCCAUCACCUACUCGACAAUCAUUUCCAUCUGGGAAAAGGCAGGAAAAUUAGACAGGGCGGCAAUGUUAUUUCAGAAGCUAAGGAGUUCGGGGGCUGAGAUUGAUGUUGUACUCUACCAAACCAUGAUCGUGGCUUAUGAGAGGGCAGGGUUGGUUGCUCACUCCAAACGUCUCCUCCAUGAACUGAAGAGACCCGAUAAUAUCCCUAGGGACACCGCGAUCAAAAUUCUCGCUAGAGCUGGUAGAAUAGAAGAGGCAACAUGGGUCUUCAGGCAGGCUUUUGAUGCAGGGGAGGUUAAGGACAUUUCUGUCUUCGGAUGCUUGAUUAAUCUCUUCUCCAGGAACAAGAAACACGUGAAUGUGAUCGAGGUGUUUGAGAAGAUGAGAGGAGCUGGAUACUUCCCCGACUCUGAUGUGAUUGCUCUAGUCCUGAAUGCAUAUGGGAAGCUCAGGGAAUUCGAUAUGGCAGAUGCUGUUUAUGCGGAAAUGCAAGAAGAAGGGUGUGUGUUCCCAGAUGAAGUCCACUUCCAGAUGUUGAGUCUCUACGGUGCAAGGAGGGAUUUUGUUGCAGUGGAAUCCCUAUUCGAGAAGCUGGACUCCGAUCCUAACGUCAACAAGAAGGAAUUGCAUCUUGUUGUUGCCGGCAUAUUUGAAAGGGCAAACAGACUGAAUGAUGCAUCGAGGAUCAUGAACCGAAUGAGGGCGGUUGCAAUGUCGGGAACUUAUGACCACAUUAAUUGAAAUGGGGGUCCUCUGAUGUUUUGCUGAAUCUUAUACAUUUCUAUAUGUUGUGACUUGUGAGUAAUGCUAUUGUAAAUCCUUCUUCUGUCCCUGUGUUUUAGAAUGUGAAGUAGUGGAAGUUGCUCAAAUUCUUCUGUUCAGCUAUGUCAUAAAGGAGGGCAAACUUGGUGUGGAGCCUUCAAGCGGCAGGACUUGUGGAAAACGAGAGAAAAACUGUGAAGGUAAUUAUUCUCUCUCUCUCUCUCUCUCUCUCCAUUGCCGAUACCUUGCUUGUGCUAUGAUUAGGUUAUAAGCAAAUGGUGUGGGGAAGGGAUGAGUUAGGUAUGUAUGGUUGGUUGAUGGGGUUAAGUGUAUAGAAGUCCCUUUGUUUGCGAACCUUUUUGCGAUCAAUUAUGGCGAUGUGAUCUUGAAGGGCAGCUUAGAGUCGUCAUUUCUGAGAAAAAUGAGGCAAGACUUUCACGUCGUGUUACAUGAAAUGAUACAGUUAAGAGUAGAAGAAAGAAGUUCCGUUGACAUAAGCGUCUGUCCGGCUGUCGAGGUCAGGAAUUAGUUAUUGGAGAAUAUAACUCGUAGUAGUCAUGGCCAUGAUGCACGUCAGGGUACCCAAUUUUCUUCUCUUCUCUCGGCCGUGUUAAAUGGGAUCAGAAUGUUCAUUGGCCAUUGGUUGACCACUUCACUGUGACACCCACCAGAGACGUAUGUCGAAUUUUGGGAAGAAAAGAAGUUCUACUUCUGAAUUCUUCCUUCAUUUCUCACGGCCCGAUUCUUUAGACGAUAGUUUUGGCGUAUGGCAGGCUAAAAACUGGUUCCAGUAGAUUCUUCCUCUUCUUCUUCCAGAAACGAUAGAUUAUCAACUGGUUCCAGCAUACCCACAGGCCACAGCAAGUCACUAUUUCCAAAAACUGAUCUCUCUCUCUCUCAUCCUUUCUUUCCAUGGAUUGUUUUCGGGCUCAACAAUGUCGACGAGAAUUUAAACUCAUACUUUGUUUGAUUGACAAUAACUAUACAACACACGUGUGUAUAUCCAGUUAUCCACACACACAAGUUCUGGAUGGCAUGGAUGGCGUUUUCCCAUUAAGUGGUAGAUUCUUUCCUUGUAAAAAUUAUGCAUAGUUUUUUAUGUUUUGUUUAACGAUAACGUGAAGAUGUAUUUGAUCAAUUGAGAAUUGUUUGGCAUGAUGAACUUCAAGGUUUCGCCUAUUGUGAUAACAUGAACAUACAUGAAAUAUAAUAUUUUGGCUUUUGGAAUCAAACUCACCUAUAAAAAAAUUUGUUUUGUUCAGUUACUUUUGUUGAUUGUGGUCCUUGCGUCGAUUCAAUGCUUCUCACAAUGCAAUUGAUUAUAUUUAGGGUAUAGACCUUAGAAUUGAUAUGCAUACCGAACAUCAUCAAUCACAACCCGAAUUCAUUAAAUAUCCACAUUAAUACUAAUAGGCUCUCAAAUUAAAGUAGAGCUCCCUAUUUCAAGUUCCAUUAAGUCAUUCUAGGAUUGGCGAAAUGUAAGAACAUGAAUCAAUGUCAAUGGGGGGUUAAGAGAAAACGGCAAUGGUAUUCACUAACUCCAUUGUCUUGGUAACUAUACAUCCCAACACCCAUCCUCCCUGUUCAUAAAACCCAAAAAUUACA